CCCACAUGCAGUUUAUAAAUGCCCUUGUCACUUUGCCUUAUGAGCUUGAUUUUCGAAUACAUUUAAGGAAUGAAUUUCUCCGUUCUGGACUAAAAACAAUGUUACCAGAUCUAAAAGAUAAAGAGAAUGAUGAGCUUGAUAUUCAGUUGAAAGUAUUUGAUGAGAACAAAGAGGACGACUUAACUGAAUUAUCACACCGCCUCAAUGACAUUCGAGCAGAAAUGGAAUAUCCUUUUGAGAAACCACAAACAUAAUUUUGCAUGUAUUAGGAAGCAGGAGGGAUUUGUGGGCAAUUUUAUGGACCAUUAUUAGAGCAUUUGUCUACUAGCCCAAUUUAUAUCCAUUUAGUUACUUUAUAAUCUCACGAUAAUGCUGUCCUUGCGAUUCAUGCUACGGAAUUGUAAGACUGUCCUGACAAUUUACAUAGACUAUACUGAAAUCUGCACACUGAUUUGCUGUAUUAUAGGUAUACGCUGCUCAAUGGUCUUGGAUAGAUAAGAGCCUAAGGUAGUUUACCUCAUGGAUAAGAAUUUUCAUGGAGAAGUUCACUGAAUUCACAUAUGUCUAUAAGUAAUAUGCUUCUUCAAUUUAUUAAAUUGUGCUCCAAUG